CCCAAAGAUUUGUAAAGAUUUGUAACAAUCUUUAUGUUUUGUUUUGUUUUUAUAAACUCAGCUAAAGCGUCACAGAGAUUAUGUCUUGGAGAACUUAUAAUUGUGAUCGAUGUGGGAAUGAUUUUGCCAGCCAAAUUGCCCUCAAACUUCACUUUCGGACCCAGCAUAUUGGUAAAGACAUCUGCGAUAUGUGUGGAAGAGAAAUUUUACGAGAAAGCAUGCAGGAGCACAAGCAGGUUAUUCACUUUAAUCAGAGGCUGGCUUUGGUAUCACCCCAAAGAGAGACACUCUUCAUAGCCACAGAAACUUGUCUGACAUGUCGCUUGUGUCGAAAGGCCUUUGGCACAAUAUUUGGAAGAGAACAACAUGAGAGACAGCACCAUGAUUUUACUACCAGCAAGCGAGCUAGAAUGUCCACUGGAUUUUCACCUCACAGCAUACUUUUCAGUAAAGGGUCACAGCAGCUGAGACAGUUUGUGGAUGCAAAGCUUCGACCUGUAACCGGACUUGUAAAGAUCGAUUGUUCUGCAGAGGUGGAAACAAUGAUAAGAUUACUUAUUGAUUGCUGCCCGGUGUCUGUGAACAGAGCUGUCAAGGGUGGCUCUUUUAUAAAAGGAACAGAUACACAAGACUGGUCUGACAUCGACAUUGUGUUCUUCAGUGAGUCUUUCAGAAGUUUAGAGGACUGCAAACAAAAUAUAACACCAGCCCUUGAAGCCUUGGAAGAGAACCUAAAGAAGACCUCGAUGGCCAACAGGAUGCUGAUUGAAAAGAAGACUCGGGUGUCAUUAAGAUUUCAAAUGAUGUGUUUCAAAAAUUUGCACAGCCACCAGUUUGAUGUUAUGCUCUGCUACAAUGCGCUCAGUCACAGACCUUCUCAAGAUGAAAAAAAUCUAUUGUAUAAAAAACUCUACAGUUGUGGAGACAGCAGCGAAGUUCAGCUUUAUUCCCUCUGUUUACUACAAGAUCAAGUUGAUUUUGUGAAGAUAACUACCAAAGGAGUCAAGGAUCUGAUCUGCUUGGCGAAAUAUUGGAUGAAGACUUCUUUUGCCAGACCAGACCAGGAAAACAGGUUUCGUCGAUUGCCCUCAUCCUACACACUGGAACUCCUCACGCUCUAUGCAUGGCAGCAGGCAGGGAAGCCCAUUUUUUUCAAUUUGCUCCAGGGGCUGAGGGCUGUGCUGUUACUUCUCGUGAACUACUUGGAUAUCUGCAUCGUCUGGUAUGAGCACUACAGUCCAUCUUCGUGGAUUGUCAGGAAGGCACUUCAGCAUCAGACAAGACCAUUCAUUUUGGACCCAGCAAAUCCCACAUUUAAUGUCUGCGAGAACUGCAAUGCUUGGGAUGAAGUAGCCGUUGUUGCCAAACAAAGCUUGCUGAAGCCACUUCUGAAUGGAGUGCAGUGCACCGGACCCUGGAGCUUCAUAGACGGCAAUUAGAUUCUGAGAGGAUGAUGUGAGAUUAAACACAUUUAAGGAAUACAGGAUAGCAAAUGUGUCUGUUUUAGAGUGAAGCUGGUGGAAAUGCUGAUAUUUCAGCUGUCUAGACAUUCUUAGUGGAUGAGCUGGGAGUUGUAAACCUACCUCAUUCUUACAGUUCGCUGAACAUAUUUUGUGUUUUGUUUUUAUACACAGAAUAUCAAAAAAUUUUUUUAAUUAUGAAUAAGAGCUUUGUGCCAGCAAUGCUAAUGCAACAUAUAUUGUGACUGAAAAUCAUACCCCA